AUGGCAGAAAUCAUCAUUGAUCAAGCUACACUCGACUCCGUCAAGGGUAAAGUCGUGGUGUUGGCAGGUGGUGCCCAAGGUAUCGGUGCAGCGACCGUCAGUCAAUUGUAUGAAUCAGGAGCGCACGUCUUUUUCGGAGAUUGGGAUGACAAGAGAGGUUCCAAACUCGCCGAGGAUUUGACGACCACGUCGUCAUCAUCAUCAUCGUCAUCUGGCAGUGUCACCUACUUGAAAGUCAACGUUCGAGAGUAUCAGUCAUUGCUGUCACUCUUUGAUACUGCCUACGACAAACACGGUCAAGUCGACAUGGCCAUCUGUUGUGCAGCAGUCACAGAGAGACCUGGAUAUUGGGAACCAAACAAGUUGAACCUGGAGAGUGUGAGGGAGACCCCCACAGGCAUCACGGACGUGAUUGACAUCAACCUGAACGGUACCUUAUAUUUCGCCCGUCUCGCCGUCGCUUACCUGAAAGAGAAACACAACUUUGACACCCAAAACACGACGGCCGAUAACAUCAAGUCGUCCAAAUGCAUCACUCUGGUGGCUUCGGUCGCUGGGUUCAAGGAGUCUCCCGGUUUGUUUGCAUACUCGGCCGCCAAACACGGAGUGGUGGGGUUGAUGAGGGCUUUGAGAGGUUUCAUUUCUCAACUGUACGGGUUGAGAGUUAAUGCCAUCUGUCCUUGGGCGACUGAUACCCAACUCCUCUCUGGCGUCCGUGACGAGUGGACAAAGAAUAAUAUGCCAAUGAACACCCCUAGUGACGUGGCCAAGUACAUUAUCCAAGUCACCGCCGAUCAGACGGCCCACGGAAAGGCAUUGUUUGUGACCGGUGGAAAUGCGGUCGACAUCGAAGAAGGUCUCAACAGGACUGAACCUCAGUGGCUAGGGGAGAAGAACAGUCGUGAAUUGAAUGAGGGUCAAGUCAUUUUGGGAUUGGGUAUGGAUUGGGGUCAUAACAAAUGA